UAUGAACGAUUUGGUAAAAACUAAUUGACUGCCGCUCUGGGUGCACCCGUUGUCUCAAAAUGAAAGAAGGGAAGAUGUGACAAAAAUUAGGUCCAGCUGGUACAGAAAAUGCGUGAGUUGCUGUGCUGUUUUGUUAUUCCCUCCAAAACCCAUGCUAUGCUGCGCCGUUCCAUAAAAUCGCCUGAUCUCUUUUCUUUUCGGAGGGGCUUUUUUUUUUCUUUCUUUGUUGCAGCUCCGGUCCCAAAUGCAGAUAGAUCAAGGAUGGGACUGGGGAAAGGAAACGGAGGAAACACUGCCGAUGGGAGUCCUCCAAAACCUCGAAAACUCAUCUUUGGCGCAAAGUCGUGUCAUUGUCUAUUUCAUGCCUAAGAAAGUGAUUUCACCUGUCCAAUCAGAAAUGCCGGGUAUUCAUGCACUAAAGAAUUUAGAUAAAAGCGAAACAUGAAGAAUA